UGAGGCUCCUCCCGUCUGACAAAACCAAGUGCCUUUACCUUAGCUACCUGGAAAUCUGCUAUGGGCCAGUGCUAGCCAUUCUAGGCCAGUAGUAGCCAAUCCCCGAGGCCCCCUGAUGGUUUCCUCAGACAUAACUAACCUUCGCUGGCCAAAUAGCGUGUCCCUCCCACGGGCCCUGCUGUGCUGUCGCCCAGCACCCGGGGGAGUUGAGAGCUCCUUGGGUCACGGUGCCGCGGCGUUACCACUGGAACCUACUGACAGCAACGACAGAUGGCAGGGCUCUUAUUAGAUAGGUCGGCACAAACAUCUGGGGAGAAGCUUGGGCAGCGCACGCUGUCCAAGGAGGAUCGUGGCAGUAACCAGGGGGCUGGGGAGGCCUUGCGCUGCUACACCUGCCUGUUCCCCACCAUCGCGCCCCUGGACUGCCUGAAGUUCGUCACCCCCUGCGCCCCAACGCAGCGCUGCCUCACCUCGGUCGCCAUGGGACGCAGAGGUGCCCUGGAGCUGGUCGUCUAUGAGAAGAGCUGUGGGGAGGCCAAGCUCUGCGGGGCCCGGGGGAUGCGCUGGCUGCUGGGGGCCAAUUUCACCUACUCCACGGCCUGCUGCUCCAGCGACCUCUGCAACGGAGGGGCCCGCCCGGCCUGGGGGGUACUGGGGAUCGCCCUGCCCCUCGCCCUGCUGCUCUGAGACCCCCCCCCCCCGAGCCCCUCCCCGCUGCCCGGGGCCUAGGUCCCUGACCCAGCUCUCAGGGCCCCCCUAGAGCCCCCCAGCCCAGCCCUGGGACCCCUCCCAUCCUCCAGCAGCUCUGAGACCUUCUCUCUAACGCCCACACCCUGCCCCCACACCAUCCCAGCUCCUUCUCAGCCCCACUGCCAGGGGUUCUGCCCCCUCCAAAAUCCAUUGAGAGCCCCCUCCCUCCUCCCACCCCAUGCCACAGCACCUGGGGCAGCUGGGAACCCUCCUCUUCCCGCUCUGUCCCCCCCAUUGAAAGCUCCGAGAUGCCCCCUCCAAGACUCUGACUCGGUCCUCUCAAGAUCUGUGCCCCCCUACCCCCACCCAAUUAUGCUUGGGAAAUAAAGAGU